CGCGCCCGCUCCUUCCAUCGGCCCCUCUCCCGGGCUGACCGCCGCUGUGUCCACGCACCGCGCCAUGGGCCGGACGCGGGGCGCGCCUCCGGCGCCGGGCGCCGGCCUGACGACGGUCCUGCUUCUUGUGGCGCUCUUGCUGGCCCUCGCCGAGGGGGUUCGCUCGCAGGCGGACCUCUUCCUCCAUGCGGGGCUGCUAAACGCCAGUACCAUGGACCGGGCCGUGGCCUUCGUCACGCAGCCCGGGCAAAUGUCCCUGGCUCUCACCCAGCCCAGCUCCUCGAUGCUGGAAAUCAUUCGCUCGGCCGACAGCACGGCCGUCGUGGAGGAGCUCCGCUGGGGCCCCUACUUCGAGGCAUACCAAGUCGACAUGCUGGUCCGGCCACGGGACCCCCUUUCGGCCCCCUUCUCGCUGAUGGUCCUCCCGGCCCCCGGCAUCAGCACGCCGCUGGUGGUCGAAUACAACACGGCCCAGGUGGCCAUGAUGGAGUCGACCCAAUUCUUCGCCUGGCCGGCCCCCCUGACCAAGGUGCUGGCCGGCCAAGCGGCCGGCAUCAACACUGCCAGCCUGCUGCUGCUGGCCACCCCCGACCCGCUCCUGCCGCGCAACCUGCUGGAGAUGCAUCUGCCGCGAUCCGGGAUGUCGAGCUUUUUGUCGGUGUUCCAGGUGCCGCGAGACGCGGACCCGGUGCUGGCCGUCCCCGGCAAGCCGGCCUCCUACUAUGUCUACUUCGACGGGAACAUCCACCAUGUGCCGCUGCCGGUCCAGUCUCCCGGUUCCUCGGUGUCCCUCCCGCUGGGGGAGGAUGUCCGAGGCCUGGUCGUGUCCUUCCUCGUGAGCGAUAUUUCCAACUGCCCGGGCGGCGACCUGGUGUUGUUGUUUUCCGACGGCCGGGUCGAAGUCCGGCCGUGCUUCGACUUCCCGGCCGGCUCGCAGCAGGCAACCCUCACGGGGUUCCUCCCGCCGGAGGCCGGCGUCCCCGGGCGCUUCCUCAAUCCCGACAUCCACUCCAACACCAGCCCCCUGUUUCUCCUCUACUAUGUGGCCCCCUUGGCCGGGCCCAGCCUCAGCAUGGGGCUCUGGCAGGCGGACGUACGGCAGUCGUCCUUCUCCUGGCGCCGGGUGCACUUGCCAUCGCGCGGCACCAGCGCCCUGGCAACGGCCAGCCUCGUUCGCCUGGCCGCGCCCAGGGGCCUCACCAAGUGGCUGCUCCAGUCGGAUGGCGUGGUGCACUUCGACUCGGUGGACUUCCACUGCGCCCAGGACCCGACCAUUGUCUGCGACUCGGCCAGCACCAUCGAAAGGUCCCCCCUGGGGUGGAUAUGUGCCCCGGACCGGGCCAUGUCGCCCUUCAGCGCGGCCGGCCGCCUGUGCGACGGCUGUGUCGAUGGCUUCUACCUCGAUCGAAAUUCCCCCGGCCGGCCCUGUCAGCCCUGCAUCGAUAACUGCCGCACAUGCGACGGCCCGGAUCGCUGUCUCCUCUGCGAUGGCCCGUUGGUGUUGGCCCCCUCCGGCAUGGCCUGCCUGCCAGACUGCCCGUCGGGUUUCGCCUCGGUCGCCGGGACCUGUCAGCCGGAUCCCCAGUCGCGGCCCCAGGCGGAUACGCUGCUGACCGAGGCGGCUCCCGAAGAACUGGGCCCGGUGCCGGCUGCCAAUCGAUUUCUCCUGGCCCUGGCCGACACGCACCUGGUGGUCAGCCCGGCCGACGGGACGACCUACAUCCCGGCCGAGGCGGUGCUCAAUCCCGGAGCCCGGCGCUCCGGGGUGCUGCUCUUCUUCCAGGCUGGCCAGCCGCUGUUGACAACCUCCGCCAGCAUUGGCCCCUCGUCCUCGGAGAAGCCGGCCCCGGUGGCCAUCCCGCCGCUGGGCCUGGACUCCCUGUCGAAUGUCGAGGCCUUCAUGGAGGUGGGCCCCCUGGUGCGGGGCACGGAGGCCGAGUUGAACUUCGUCUUCUGCCCGCGCUCGCAAAAUGUCCAAGUCGGCAAGCUCACCUGCGUGGUGGACCCCGGCUCGGAGAAUGCCGUCUGCUCGCCGGGGCACUUUUCCCACAACAUGAUUUCGGUCUAUGGGUGUCGGGAUUUGCGGCGCGUCGAUGAUCGUCGCAUUUUGAUCUUCUCCUCGACCAAUUUCAUGUCGCUGGUGGUCUUCGACCCGUACAGCAGCGUGCGCAUCCACUCCUUCGACGGGAUGGACGCGGUGUUCCUGCCGCCGGAGCCCGGCCGGUGGGAGGCCGUCGUGUCGCCCAUUCGCGAUUGGAUUCUCACCAUCGGCCUGACGCAGUACCCGUCGGUCACGCCGCUGGACCUGCUGACCGGCGACUCGCGCCAGGCCGUCACCCAGACUCAACUGCUGGAUGUGCCCCACUCGUGGCAGGGGGUGAACUUCCUGCGCACCGCCGGGCCGGGCCGGCGCCAGCGCGAGGUGGUCCUCUCCCGGGUCAAUGGCCUCCAGUGGGAGGUUGCCCUGCUCCGGGGGGAUGUCCUGCCGUCCGGGCGGACGGUGGCCCUGGCACAUCGGAUCCAGCAGCUGGGCCGGCUGCCGGAGCCGGUGUCCUCCGGCAUGCUGCGCUUUGUGGCCUUGGAUGUGGACUGGCUCCCCGGCCGGCCGGGGGCCCUGUUCAUGUUCACCGACCAGGUUGUCGGCCUGGCCAUCCUCCACUGCCCGGAGGGUGGCGGCUCACCACCCGGGCCCGGGGCUUGCCUCCUGCAGCACCUGUCGAUAACCCUCCUGCCGAGGGAUUUCCACACCAGCGGCCAGCCGGCCUUCUCCGGGCCGGUGAUCCUCCGGCCGGAGCCCGGCCACCAGGCGACCCUUGCCCAGGGCGCGGCCCCCUCCCCCGGGCAUGUGCUCACGCUGAUGGCCUUUUCCCCGGUGGCCGGGCCCACGCGCCUGGCCUUCGAGGCUGCCUGCCCGGACCCCGCCUCCUUCGGGCUGGACUGCCUGGCAUGCGACCCGCUGUGCCGGACAUGCGCCGGCCCGGGUGCCGGGGACUGCCUGUCCUGCAUGCAUGCCCUGCCCGAGGCGCCGGGCACCUGCCUGCCAGGCUGCCCGGCUGGUCGGCAGCCCACCUCGAGUGGGCUGUGCGGCUGCGGCUUCGGCUGCGUCGGGUGCAAUGUGCUGCCCGGCGAGCCGGCCAGGUGCAUGGCCUGCCAGCCGGGGCAUGCUCCCUCCACCAGCCCCGGCUUCGCCGAGUCCUGCUCUCUUUGUGAUGACUCCUGCGCCGAGUGCACGCUUCCCAUGGAGCCCGGUGCUUGCACCAAGUGCCAUCCACUGGCGUGGCUCUUUGGGGGGGCUUGCGUGGGGGCCUGCCCGUCGGGCUUCUGGCCGGACAGCGCCUCCGGCAGCUGUCUCCCCUGUGCCGCCGGCUGCGCCGCGUGCACCAGCGCAUCCGCCUGCACGCGGUGCGCCGACCGGCACUUCCUCGCUGCCGGGGUCUGCCACGUGUGUGACGGGUCGUGCGCUUCGUGCGCCAGCGCCACCGACUGCACCGUCUGCCGGCCGGGACUGGUCUUCCUGGGGACCGAUGCCGGGCAGGCCUCCCUGUGCGGGAGCACCUGUGCGGCGGGCGAGUUCGCCGGGCCCGGCCGGUGCGCCGUCCCCUGCGGGGAGCACUGUUCCAGCUGCCCCGGUCAGCCGGACACCUGCACUCUAUGCGAGCGGGGCUGGCUGCUGGCCAGCCCGGACUGCGUAGCCGAGUGCCCGGCCGGGAGCUCGCCCCUGGGCGGGCUGUGCUCCACGUGCCAUGGCAGCUGCGCGACGUGCUACGGCCCGGGGCCGGAGCAGUGCCUCACCUGCAAGCCGGACACCCCGCUGUACAUGGAUGGGCGUUGCCAUGGCGCCUGCCCGGAGGGCACCUUCCCGAGCGGCCCACUGUGCGUGCCCUGUAGCAUGACGUGCGCCGCGUGCGCCGGGCCCGAGGCGAACCAGUGCACGGCGUGCCCAGCUGGCCGGGCGCUGCAUGCUGGGGCCUGUGUGCAGACAUGCCCGGAGGGAUGGUUCCCGGAGGACGGCCCCGGGGCCGGGGGCAUCGUCUGCCGCCUAUGCGACCCGGGCUGCCUGGCCUGCCAGGCGCCGGGGGCCUGCACCGAGUGCCCUCCGGGGGCCGUGCUCGACCCGGCGGGUCUGUGCGGGGACACCUGCCCGGAGGGGUGGCACGAGUGUGCCAGCUCCCGGCGCUGCCUCCGGUGCCCGAGCACCUGUGGCGCCUGCACCACGGCCGACGCGGCCUGCGCCGCCCGGUGCACCGCCUGCCGGAGUGGUUUCAUCUUGUCGCCGGUCACGGGCACCUGCGGCGCGGCGUGCCCACCCGGCGAGUACAGCGCCGCCGGGGAUGCCGUUUGUCAGCCCUGUGGGCCCAGCUGCCGGAGCUGCUUCGAGUCUGCCGACCGGUGCACCGGUUGCCUCGACGGGGUGCUGGAUACGGCCACCGGCACGUGCCUGUCCGCCUGCCCGGCGCGGUCGGCCCCACUCGAGGGCGUGUGCCUGCUGUGCUCCGGCGGGUGCGAGCGCUGCGAGGCGGCGGCCACACAGCCCGGGUGCACCCUCGACCCGGCCGGGUCACUUGCCUGCCCGGAGGUGCUCGGCUGUGCGGCCUGCGAGCCCGGGCUCUUCCUGCUCGGCGGGGCGUCCUGCGUGGCCGAGUGCCCGGCCGGCACCUUCCCCGAUCAGGAAGCCUCCCCAUGGGCGUGUGCCGGCUGCCAUGCCGAAUGCAAGGCUUGCCUCGGCCCGGAGAAGGCCGACUGCCUGGAUGCCUCCGGGCCGCGGUCGUCACGCAUCGGCCUGGCCGUGGGCUUGGCCGUGGGCCUGCUGCUGCUGCUGAUCCUGCUGAUCCUCCUGGUGUUGUUCUGCGUCCGCCGGCGCACCAAGGCCGGGCCCGCCGCCCCGAAGGACCUGGACGCCGAGGACGCCACCAUGCUGAACACCAUCGUGGAGCUGGCCCUGCCCGGGGCCAUCCUGGUGGGCGUGGACACGGACUUCCGGCCGCUGGACGAGACCCUCGGCGCCGGGACCCAAGCGACGCCGACCGGUCGUCGGUCCUCAUCAGCACCAUGCCCGAGCUGA